UCCUCUUCGGAACCCAGUGGCGCGGCAAUGAAGCAGCCAUCCGACUCAAAGCCAAGAACAUCAUUGCUGCUCUGCUCUUGGUGCUCCUCUGGGCUGUAGGGACCCCGGGGUUGCAGCGAGAAGUGAGAUAAAUGUAACUGGUGAGUCCAUCUCACCCGCUUCUCCCCCUCCCUGUUGCUUUAGCAAUAUGUGAACAAUUACUGUGGAAACAAUUUCCAUUGUCCUAAUGCUUGGGAACUUGGAGUGGGGGUUGAGCUGAUGAAAACUGUUGAGGCAGCAAUGCCCGAGGUGAGAUCCGAGCCCCUGUCCCGCUGGUGAACUGGGACUGGGGGGGGGGGGGGGGGGAGCGGUGGCUUUAUUUUGACAAUGGCCAUGUGAUCUUGCGCCAGCAGAUCGAUUGGAGAAGCGAGAAUCGCAAGAGGGGGGAAAAAGGAAGCUCAGGCAUCGAGGGCUGACAGCGAGCGCGAAUAAAACAAAAAGCAAACACGGCGGUGUGAUUUGGAUUUACAUUCGAUUAAAAACUGCCAGCCUUGAGCCCGAGUGUUGGGGGGGAUCUCGCUGCGCAGAUCACUGGCAGCGAGCGAAGACUCGAGUGUUGGGACUCGGAGGCAAAGUUGCCGGAGCAUCUUGGACUGUGUGGGAGGUGGACGGAGCGAGAGCGAGCGAGAGAGAGGGAGAGAGGGACCCAGACCUGCCCCCCUGCUCAAUGCAGCCGGCUCAUCGUGAUGGACAAGGAUGCCCUGCUUCUUGUGCAGUUCCUGGCUUUCGCGGUUUGGGGUAAUAGUUUGGUGACACCUGGCUUUGCAGCCAAGGAUUUUGCAAACUCGCAGAAUCAAUUACAAUCAAACCAGUCAGAUGAAAAAAUUUUAAGGAUCUGUAAUGGGACAGCUAUGCUCGAAAAAGUGUACUGGUGUGGAGAUCUGUUUGCAAGUCAACUCAAUGAAAUGAAUUCCAGUGAUUGGUGCAACUUCACACUCAUUGCAGACUAUUACAGUUCAUUCUCAUUCUGCAUGGAGCUUUCAACAGAAAGCGUUUUUUGCUACUGGCCAAAUCCACAAGUGGAAAGCUAUGUAAUUAAUAUUCAUAAAUUAUUUUUUUCAAACUGCACUUCUGAAAUACUAAUAUUUCAGGACCCUCCUGACAACAUCCUCUUUGCCCUCAUUGCAGUGCCUAUCUGUCUGACUGUUGUGGUGAUAGCUGUAGUGGUGUGGUGCAGUAAGAGGAGCGAUGUGCUGGUGUAGAUUUAAGGAACAACAUUGUGCUGCAGUACCAAGCAGUUACUUUACCUUAAUGUGAUUUAAGUCGACUGUACAUCAAUGUUCAUCAGCUUCAGUUGGAAGACAAGGGCCAUUUUGAAGUUCACAGAACUAUAAUAUCAUUGGCCUGCAACAAAUAUGUGUUAAAAAUAUGAACCCGACUGGAAAAUCGAUUGUGUCUGAUUUACUGAAAGACAAAGGGUUGACUCCCCAAACAACCCCACCUUGGACUCGUGCUUCAAGCAUACUGCACCUUAAAAUGAGUCAACAAUCUAGCAUCUUACAUUCCCUAGUCAGCAUCAUUAAUAGCACUUGUAACAGACCCAGAUCUCCGGUACUGUAAGCCACGAACAGUAAAUCAGGAGGGACAUUUCCUGGAGAUAAUUGUACGAAGAAGAUAUUAGCACUUGUUGAAGAAAUCUUUCCCAACCCACCUUGGGAUAACUUCUUGGAGUUGCUGGGUGUGGAGCAAGCACCAGGAAGGAUGUUGAGAGUGCUUCCUGCAGCAGAGAAGAAUGAAAGGAAAUAGGUCGACUGGUACGGGAACAGACAAGAGCUCUGCGUUUCCUAAACCCUUUAUUAUGACUUAAAACUAAAUUUGCUGCUCAUCCCCUCCCAGUGCAUUUUGCAGCAGAAGGAAAAUGAUCAAGGAUAAAAUAUGAUGCCAUUAAGAACACUGUAUAAAAAAGACUUUACAAAGUGGAUAAUUGUUACUAUAAAAUUAACAAUUGCAGAAUACACUAGCUUCAGCCCAGGCUGAGAUUGCAGUGUUACAAAGAGAAGUGAAGGUUGCUGAGCAAUUUGCUAUUUUCUGUCUGAAAUGACAUACCUGUAUACCAGUUUGUAUAUAUUUUAAACUAAUGACCUUGUCAAACAAUGGUAGGAAAUUAGUGCGUUCCACUUAGGGCUAAAACAUGUCUUUUUGGCAAUCCCUGACAUCCAAGCUUCACGCAACUACAAAACAUCUGAGUUAACAUGUUUAGUGAUUGCCUUAACAACUUGCAAAGCUUUUUUUUUUUUAAAGACCAGAGAAUCAUGGUGAUUUGAUCUUGGUUAUUAAAGCUAAUGGCUGGGUGUAGAGAUGUGUUAUUACUGUGGACUACAAUGGAAUCAACGGGAUCUUAAUAACUCAUCAACAAAACGUUAAACCCAAAGAGGUUUAAUGAGCACGCUUUAAGGACACUGCAAUCUCAUGUGACUCAGCAAUCCAACAGAUGUGUUCACUCGUAAGCAUCAUGAAUAAAACCUGUAACUAAUUCAAAUCUCCAUUACAAGGAACAAGACAGAAAGGACAACUUUGGAGAUAAUUGUAAAAAAGUUGUUAGUACCCACUGUGAAAAUGUUUCUUAGUCCACCCACCUGUAAUUUUUGUUGUUAAAUUCAUCAUUAUGUAUUGGGGAAACAAAGAACAAAUGGCUCUGAUUUGGAUAUACCUGCCACUCAGGCGCUUCUUGGGAACUCGCCUUCUAAUGAAGACAGUCAAGUCCUUGUAAGGAGACAGAUUUAUCAUAACCAAGGCUACACUGCCUUGGAGUCAUUUGGAGUCAUCUGCUGAUGCAUCUUAUACCAAAGCUGGGAUGUAGACAUUUUUUUCGAUUGAAGAGAGUUGCCUUGGCUCUGGUCCCACCCCAACACAUUAAUGUUAUUGUUUAGGACAACUGGAGGAACUUCUAUUAGAUGAAGACUAUAAGAAACAUCAAGGAAUGGCUAGAACAAAUAUUAAGGACUUCAUUUAAUUUUUGAUUUCCUGCUGCACUUCACUUACUAUCAUGAUUACAGUAGAAUUUCACCAAAGGGCCAAGGUGCUUUUUGUUGCUUCUAACUCCAGUGUAUAAAGAAUUCCAUGUCCUAUGAAAGAGAAUUGGUUGUUGUUUACAAAAUUUCAAAUGAUCUUUUGAAGAAAUUUUAUGUUUAUGUUGCAAAUUUUAAACCACCUAGGGCAUGAAUGGUAUUUGUAAUGGUGAAAAGUAACAUUUACACCUAUUUGUGAGGAUAUAUUAAUUAUGUUUAAUUUGAAUUUUGCAUCUGUGCUGACUUGGUGUAGGACACAGGUUUAUUGAGGGAAAAGGUCAGUUUCUUGGGUUUUGUUCCAGAUUUAGUUUUGCAAAAAGCACCCUUCUUCAAAAAGUAUUAGAUACAGAACAGAGCAACAAAAUAUACUUGAGAAUAAUAUAUUUUUAAUAUUCAUCGUAAUAUUAUUUAAAUAUACUUCAGUCCAUAUUGGAUUAGGAUCCUUAAAUAUCGGGAACAAUGUUAGCUUAUUUUCUAUUUUAAAGAAACUAUUUUAAAUCCUCACUGACCAUGAAGAAAGGACUGGCUGGCUUCUGAGUCUAAUUAUCCAAGUUGCACAGAACAAGAUGAGGGGUGAAAUUGGGCAAUCAUUCAACUUCAGUACUACUUUUUAAUUUAGAUAAUGGUAAAAAAUGUUCCCUGUUUUAUUACUAAGAUAUAUGUUCUGGAUUUGGUUAUGAAGUUUGACAACAGCCACCUACAUGAUUCUGAUUUAAGUUGCAGUAGUAAGAAACAUUGGAAAGUGGCAUCUGUGUGACUUCCAUGAUUAAAAUUAUUUUCUCCUUA